AAAUUAAAAUAAAAUAUUAAAAAGCUUUGGUAACUGACCGACAUAGAGAGAGCGAGAGAAAGAUAGAGAGAGAGAGGGUGGUGUGGUGAGGCUAUGAACGGGACCGCCGGGACGACGCUAACGCCGGAGGCGGCGUUGGAGAGUUCGGCAGGGCUGAUCGCCGGCGAGCAGUUAACGGCGUCGCUGGUGAAGCAGAUGCCGCCUUCCUCGAUAAUAUCGUCCCAGCUUAACGCCAUGUGCGACAAGUUAGCUUCUUACAUUCGAGGUGGUUUUUCCACCGAGCCCAAGGAGUUCUUGCAGCUCUGCCUCUACCUCUCCAAAUAUAUUGAUUAUGCUGUUGAACACAAUGAGGGUCUACCUAAAGGCUCAAAUUUACCUCUAGUAUUGAAACAGAUAUCUCAAUGUAGAAAUAUUCCCCACUUUCGACCAGUUAUCUUUGUCCUGAUGAUUUCUGUAAAGAAUGCUUGUAGGAGUGGAUGGUUUCCAGAAAAGGAGAAUGACGAACUCUUUCGUCUUGCUAUAGAGGUAGCAGGCAGCAUCCCCGGUCUGGGAGAGUUUAAGACUGGACUUAGCAUUUGUCAAUCCACCAUCUCAACAAUUAUGGCAAGGUUUUAUCCACGGAUGAAGAUGGGCCAGAUACUCACUUAUAUUGAAGCGAAGCCUGGAUAUGAGGCAUACAUGAGCGAUUUCCAUAUUCCGAAGAAUAUAGUCUCUCCAAGAGAAAACAUUCGGCUAUUUGUAGCACAUACAGAUAAAUUGGAGACAUCUGCAUGUAUUAUAAGUCCACCACAAGUGAACUUUCUCAUAAAUGGUAAGGGAGUAGACAGAAGGACUAAUACUUUAAUGGAUACCGGACCCCAGAUGCCAACAGAUGUAACUAAGUUGCUAAAAUAUGGAACCAAUAUACUUCAAUCUGUGGGCCAGUUCAAUGGUCACUAUAUUAUAGUUGUUGCCUUUAUGAGUGUUACAUCCUCACCUGAUGUCCCCACGCUGCCAGAUUAUGUCCGUCCGCCUUUGGUUGAAUUGGAUGAAGAUUGUGACAUUAUUGAGGGACCUUCACGAAUAUCACUCAAUUGUCCCAUAAGCUUUACGCGUAUGAAAACUCCAGUCAAAGGACGUUUAUGUAAACAUCAUCAGUGUUUCGAUUUUAGUAACUUUAUAGAUAUAAAUUCAAGAAGACCAUCUUGGCGCUGUCCCCACUGUAAUCAGUAUGUAUGUUACUCGGACAUUUGUAUUGAUCAAGAAAUGGUCGAGGUCCUGAAUCAAGUAGGAAAAGAUGUUUCUGAUAUAAUUAUUUCUGCAAACGGAUCAUGGAAGGCUGUCAUGGAUACUGAUGAUCAGAUUCAUGAUUCAGCAAUCAAUUGUACCAAAAAAAAGUCUGAGCAGCAAGAAUCAACUGGUCUUUUAAAUGCUCCUCGUGAUGUUUUGGAUCUCACUGAGGAUGAUAAUGAGGUGGAUGUCUUUAGGACUAGUGAAAUUGAAGAUAGAAAACCUUUCCAGGAGUAUAAUCAAAAUGCUGCUGCUGCUCCUCGAGUAGAGGAUAAUUAUUGGAAUGGAGUUUACUUUACCUGUGGUCUAGGAACAUCUACUGCUAGAUCAGACACGCAUAUGUUUGGCAGUACCUCUCAGUCUACUGCAGAUUUUGUGCAGGCUCCUCCUGUAUUAACCGAUGCUAUUUCUCCUGUAAUUAGUCAAGAAGAUCAGGGUCGAUUAAAUAGUAAUCUCACAGCUUCUGAAAUUCAAAGUCAACUUCCUUCUGACAAUACUUUGCAGUUGCAGCAGUUGCAAUAUCCAAUUAGCAAUGAGUAUGGGAGAUUUCCAACGGUUCCCAGAAUGGUUAACAGGAUGCCAAUAGCAGUUCAGGCCCUUCCAGCAUCAUCCCAAGUACCAGGUCCACAACAAAGAUCAAGAACUAGUUUGAAUUCCUCAACUCCCAUUAGUUCCUCUACUUCUCAGGUUCCUCUAGCACCUGCUGCAAAUGGCUUCAACACACCAUGCAGUGACGUCGAAAGGCAGCGACUCUUUUCCAGAUCCCAUUUGAAUCCAUUUGAUGUUGCUUCAUCUUCAUCACAGCAUUCCUCAGUUACACAGGUUCCUCUAGCACCUGCUGCAAAUGGCUUCAACACACUAUGCAGUGACGUCGAAAGGCAGCGACUCUUUUCCAGAUCCCAUUUGAAUCCAUUUGAUGUUGCUUCAUCUUCAUCACAGCAUUCCUCAGUUACACAGGUUCCUCUAGCACCUGCUGCAAAUGGCUUCAACACACUAUGCAGUGACGUCGAAAGGCAGCGACUCUUUUCCAGAUCCCAUUUGAAUCCAUUUGAUGUUGCUUCAUCUUCAUCACAGCAUUCCUCAGUUACACAGUCAGUCCAACAGGUUGUUUCAAGUCAACUACCACGUGCAUAUAUACCAUCUUUGGGACUUUCAGAUUUCCGAAAUGCACACCUACAGCAAGCUCUUAAUCCUAGGAUUUCCCAGCCCAUGGGUCAUUCUUCAAAUGUAAAUCAAUCACCUUAUCACUCACAGACCCAAGCACGGCAAGGAAGUUCACAAGUCAGGACUGAUUUCAUACCAGGUACUGGAAAUAGCCAACCGGAUAGGAUUAUGGCUGUUCAGCAAGCUUUACAAAGAAUUCCAGUUCAAAAUCAAACCUCCAGAGGUGGACUGUCUCUUCCAAUGAGUGCUCAAGGUCUCAGAGGACCAACCAGUGAUACUUUGGAUUUACCUUCAGAGCAAAAUUGGCGACCGGGUCAAAUGCGAGGCAGCCUCUCGGGUCAAGCUUAUGUUGAGGCUCUUAGUCACUUAAGGGGUGGUCGGACUCCAACACAACUAGCUCAACCUGCAAGACCACAAUCAAAUCUGACAUCUUCCUUACCUACUGUUCCUAGCCAACGGCACAUUCUCGUGGCCAGCAACAGGAAUGCUCAUGCUUCUCAAAUGCAUACCAAUGAUAUCCAGUGAGGCAGACAAGUAUUGUGCAUAGAAUGUUUUGGUGAUGGCUUAGAAAUUUAUAUUGUGGAUAGCUACAAUCAUUUUGAAGGCUCUAUGUAUAUGGUAUGUCCAGUUUUGUAUCCCACGAUCGCCUUGUAAAGUUUUCACGUGAAAAAAAAUUAGUAUGCAAGCAGGGUUACUAAAUAGAAUUUUCAAAGGGUGUCUGGUUUUGGUAUUUUCUCUUUUGUGCAGCUUUCACCUUUUAUUCCAGGUUCCAGGUUAUGCUAAUACUGGUGCGUGUAACUAUCUGUAUGCAAGAAUUAUGAUGUUAUACUUUUUGGCUACAAGUUCGUUGAUGAAGUACGUCUGAUGUUUGUUGAUGGAGUA